GCUCGCUUGACGCACCCUGACCACAGACAUAUGUCUGUAGGUUGGAUGUGGGAAAUAAGAAAAUCUGUGCUAGUUAACGCUUCACAGCUGCCGCCAGCGAGCGCAACGGCCGGAAAGGACACGCCGCCCCCGGCCACAGCACCACAGACGUGUCGGUGGCUUCCGAAGACUUUUCUUUGAAGGGAGAAAGUUCACACCCGAGCGUUAUUGUCGGUUUCAAGGACGUUGUCCGAGGGGGGGACAUGCCCUCGUGUAAAUAGCCUCGGCGGAGAUCCAGGAUGGCCGCGGACGUGGACAACAGAACCCGCGAGGAGGAUGGGCACCGGAGCCGGGGCUCUGGGUCCUGGAUGUGCCGGGGGAUGUGGACCCUGCUGGUGGUCGCCGCGGUCCCUGUCCUCGGCUGGGGGGUCAAGUGUUACCAAGACACGCAGCUCGUCAAACGUCACGAAGAGAGUGUUCGAACUCUAGGCGCCGAGGGGCUCUUUCUCUUCGCCUCCCUGGACACCGACCAUGACCUCUAUCUCAGUCCGGAGGAGUUUAAACCCAUUGCCGAGAAACUCACAGGGAUUACACCCCCUAUGGAUUUUGAGGAGGAAGAGAUCCAUGAUCCCAGUGGAGAGACUCUGACCGUGGAGGCCAAAAUGCAGCCUCUGCUGCUCGACACUAUGACAAAAAGCAAGGAUGGUUUUCUUGGGGUUACUCACAGCUCUCUGAGUGGUCUGCGGUCUUGGAAAAGCCCAGCGGUGCCUUCGUCUUCUUUCUCCGCCAGCCAGUUCAGGGUCUUCCUGCCCCCAAAGAACAAGGCCGCCGUGGGAGACACGUGGUGGGUGAUUCCCAGCGAGCUCAACAUCUUCACUGGAUACCUGCCCAACAAUCGCUACCACCCUCCCACACCAAGAGGCAAAGAGGUUCUCAUCCACUCCCUGUUGAGCAUGUUCCAUCCUCGGCCCUUCAUCAAAUCACGUUUCGCUCCUCAGGGCGCCAUCGCCUGCAUCCGUGCCAGCAACGACUUUUAUUACGACAUCGCCAUUAGGAUUCAUGCAGAGUUCCAGCUCAACGAUGUUCCAGACUUUCCUUUCUGGUUGACCCCGGGCCAGUUCACUGGAAACAUUGUCCUCUCUAAAGACGCAUCGCAUGUCCGCCAUUUCCACCUCUAUGUCCCUAAUGACAGGUCUCUGAAUGUGGACAUGGAGUGGCUGUACGGGGCCAGUGAGAGCAGCAACAUGGAGGUGGACAUUGGAUACCUGCCGCAGUUGGAGCUGCAGUCCACAGGCCCGUCCACUCCGUCCAUCAUCAUGGACGAGGAGGGCAAUAUCAUAGACAGUCGGGACCGCAGCAGUGAGCCGAUCCAGUUUGUCUUUGAGGACAUCCACUGGACCUCAGAGAUCAGUCGGCAAGACGCCGCUCGACGUAUGGAGGUCGCCCUCUACCCCUUCAAGAAGGUGUCCUACCUCCCCUUUUCAGAGGCCUUUGAGCGAGCUGAAGCGGAGAGGAAGCUGGUGCAUUCCAUUCUGCUUUGGGGAGCAUUAGACGACCAGUCCUGCUGAGGUUCGGGGCGAACUCUCCGGGAGACAGUCCUGGAAAGUUCGCCCGUCCUGGCCCUGCUCAACCAGAGCUUCAUCAGCAGCUGGUCUCUGGUCAAAGAGCUGGAGAACAUGCAGGCUGAUGAGCAGAACACUGUGUUGAGUGAAAAGGCCCGCUUACAUCUGGAGAGGUACAACUUCCCCGUGGAGAUGAUGGUGGCACUGCCCAAUGGAACCAUUGUCCACCACAUCAAUGCCAACUUCUUCUUGGACCAGACGGCCAUGAAACCAGAAGAAGAAGGAGCAACUUUCAGCUUCUCUGCAGGGUUCGAGGACCCGUCCACAUCCACUUACAUCAGCUUCCUGAAAGAGGGACUGGAGAAAGCCAAGGAGUACCUGGCACAGUAGUGUGUGUGUGUGUGUGUGUGUGUGUGUGUGUGUGUGUGUGUGUGUGUGUGUGUGUGUGUGUGUGUGUGUGUGUGUGUGUGUGUGUGUGUGUGUGUGUGUGUGUGUGUGUGUGUGUGUGUGUGUGUGUGUGUGUGUGUGUGUGUGUGUGUGUGAGAGAGAUAGAGCCUGAGAGACUAGACUGGAGGAAAUGAUAAACAUUCCUCUGGGUAAUGAUCCCACAUAAAGAAAACCCUCCUACAGUUACAGUGUGUAGAGAAGCUGUCUCAUUAGUGUUGGCAGCUGAGAAACGUUUUUGCCUUCAAUCCUGUUUGUUAGCAUUUAUCUGGGCGUCUCUCCUGGGCACAAAUUAGGAUUUAUAUACAGUAUUUGUAUUGUGACAAACAGGACAUAUACUCCGCUGUAACUGUCAAGAUAGUAACAGGCCUUGAACUGAGCAGUAACAAAGAUAUGUAAACACACUUAGAUCUGCUCUCUCUGCUUUUAGCUGCUGAUUAAUCUUGAUAUAAAAAAAAAUUCUUGGGGGCAAAUGCUUAUGCCAUCCCGAAGACAAAUCAUAAGUGCAUCAACGCAUUAUUUGAUAACUCCUUCUUUUAUAUCCCGGUGCUGCAUGUGCAAUAUUUAACGGCCGAGUGAGUUUUCCUGCCGCUGGGUGAACCCAGAGACGGCGCCGGAGCAGUUGCCGCCUCCAGUCUUGCUUCAGCAGUUUGUGAAGGCUUUGCCUGAAAGCUCUCUCGGGGCUGGGCAACGCCUGAUGUGCUUGCCGAGGCUGCUGGAGGGAACAACCCCCUCGCUGUCUCUCGGGACAAACGCAGCAGGAAAAAUUAAACAGGGCGGUGCCAUGUAAAACGAUUAAUUCAGUUGUUUUCUUGUACUUUUGAGUUUUAAACCAAAUAUCGAAAUAUUGUGCAGGUUUUGUGUGUAGAGGAAGCUGUUACCACACCAAAGAACCUUUUCUUUCUUCCUAUGGCUGGCUUGCAGCCUGGGCAGCUGUUGAGCACAGAGGUCGCUUGCCUACUUCAUAUUUAUAUUACUCAAUGGAACCAAAUUGUUUGUUUUCCUCUGCAAAAUUGUUUGAUCCCUGAACUGAAAGGCACACGAUACUGUAGUAAAAUAAAGUGUUUGCUUGUGUCUUUACCUCGGCUAAAAGAAAUCUGAACCUAAAAUUAGUCCACUUUUCACAUUUUUGAGUUGUACAAAAAAGAAAAUACCCUCAAGGGAUCAAGGAAACUCAUCUGAAUUAGUUACAGUGCAACGGUACAACACAUAUAUGGUCCUGUCAACUGUUUGAAACCUUAAGGGGAGAAACACUGUUAUUCUGUAACCUACCAGUGCCAUUGUUGUUUUUUUACAUGGUGAAAUAAAAGGUUGUUUGUUUUUUGUUUUUUUACAAAUUGAA